AUGAGUAGCAGGGGGUUGGUGAGAGGAGCGUCGUUAACUGCAAAUGCAGUGUGGCAUCGAAGAAGUUUCUUCCCAACGGUAACGGUUAGCGUCCACCACCGCAAAUUGUUGAAGUUUCGGAGCUUCUCGUCAACCACCGCCUUUUCGUCUCUUCCAGCCCCGGAUUUGCCUCGUUUGGCGAAAACUGCUCGAAUUUCACUUACGCCAAACGAGAUUGAAGAAAUUGCUCCCAAAAUCCAACAAUUAAUAGACUGGUUUGGACAGCUGCAGGAUGUUGAUCUUGGAAGCGUGGAACCCUCCAUCAGAGCAGUUUUACGCCAAAAAUGUGGAAUUUGCUUUCGAAAUGCAAAAGAGACUGAAAACAAUUUGCGUGAUAAUGCUCCCGAAACAUUUGACCAUAGGGACGCUAUGAUCGCCUCUGUCCCGAGCUAUGAAGAGCCUUAUAUCAAAGUUCCGAAGGUCUUAAGCAUGGACUAA